ACAUCGCGCUUCGAGUUGGGCGUCAACAACUUUUACUUCACCACCGUCACACGACUUCCUCGACGAGGCACAGGAAGAACAUGUCAUCUCGCUUCAAUCUGAGCUCUCGAUUCGUCACAUGAUCUUCUCCGUCCUUUGCGCAUGGUCACUCCUUAACAUCGGUCGGGUGUCAACGAUGCGCCAGGGCGUUUGGAGGCUGGCGGGGGCAUUCCGAACAGCAAAUCUCGAGCCGAGCUCGCGAUUCUCUACUUGCGCGCCUGUCCAUAAAAGGCAGGGUCGAGAUUCCAAGGCAGAGAACAGGGGAAAGCUUGGGCAACUACUGGAUCACAAUGGGCGACCACUAUCCGAAGAAGCAAUAGCGGUUGCCCGCGAAUACUGGAGAUUGCAGCGGCUUCGUCACUCUUCCCCGUCGCCUCCAUCGCAUAUGCUUCUUCAUGAGAUACAACUUCACCGGGCAGCCUACAACCACGUCGUGCUGAACUUGAGCCGUGCGCCGGGAACUCCCGUUACAGUCACGUAUGAACCACCAUAUAUUGCUCCCUCAAGCAAUGAAUGCACGGCAUCACACCGAGAUACCAUUGUUCGGAAGCCUCACAUUGACCUAAAAUCAGAAAAGCAUACCCCCUGGCAGCAUAUAUUGGAUCAGGUUGUCAAAGAUUUUAUGGAUAAGACGUUUGGGGAUCAGUGGACUAAAAACUCUGUCCCUGAGAGGUCCUCCGUGCCACCGAUACAACAGGCAGUUGACAACACGGACCUAGCCCGGAUCAAAGCUCGUAAUCAAUCGGGUAGUACGUGGGAGAAAUUGCUCAAUUGGUGGAUUGGGGGGGAAAAGAGGGAUGGCGGGCCAGGCCAUGUCUAAAUGCUACCACCAUGGAACGUUUGUGCGCGGUGCUUUUUCCCAACGUCACAAGCUGAGGCAGGCAGCGCUUCAUGAGGCCGAGACCUUUGCCUGUUCGCUUUGAGCUUGUUGGGCUGGCACCCAGGACUCAAUCUGGCUAUCGGCCAAGUACAUUCUUGUAUCCCAUCAACGACAACCAAGCCUUUG